AUGCAGCCGUCGCCGCACGCUACCGCCGCCGCCGAGGCGGCGCCCGCCAUGGCCGCCACCAUGGCCGCCACGUCGCCUCAUCCGCCGCCCGCCGCGCACCAGCCUGGCGAGGUGGCCCUCUCACCCAACAUGUUUGGGCCCUUCUUCCACCGUUACUGGAUCUCGCUCAUCGGCCGGCCGGUGACCGUGUACCUGACCGUGGCGCAUGAUGGCUUCACCGAUAGUGUUCGGGGUGUCCUCUCCCCGAGUGACAUGUCCCUCCCGUCGCUUGCCGAGCCGGAGUCCAGUACCAUCCGCCUGGAGCUGGCCAUUGACGAGGCCCAGGCCACCCUCCGGCCGUCGGUUGUCAUUCCCCUGUCCAAGGUGGCGGCUAUUUCCUCGACCGGGGUGGAUCUCGCGCCCGAGAGCCGUCUCACCCGGGAUAUCUAUCCCUCGGUGGCUGGGCUGACGCCGGCUCUUCUCUCGAACUUCUCGUCCCUCUCUUUCGAUACAUUCCUCGUGGACUCGGAAAUUGGCUCCGGCGGGACCGCGGCCACCGAGCAGGUUAUGGUUCCCUGGGAGUUGGAUGCCUCGGACCCGGUGAUUUCCAGCGACAUGAUGGAGGCCCUGCACUCGCAGCCCACGGAGAAGUUCGACCAGUUCGAGGUGAACCGCACGCGCUUCGGCAAGGUGGUGACCUUCGACGAGUCGAAGACGCACCGGCUAACUCCGUGCUAG